CGUCACUUCAUCACCACUACUCCUCCCAAACUCCCAAUUCGCAUAUAUACACACUCAAUCUCUGCGUUCCAAUCUCCAUCAUCAUCAUCUACAAUCUUCUCAAGCUCUAAAUCGAUAAUCGACGAUGGCAGCCACCACCGAGAAUCUCCCCCAGCUCAAAUCCGCCGUCGAUGGCCUUACUGAAAUGAGUGAGAACGAGAGGAGUGGAUUCAUCAACCUCGUUUCACGCUACCUCAGCGGUGAGGCACAGCACAUUGAGUGGAGUAAGAUCCAGACACCUACUGAUGAGAUCGUUGUACCUUACGAGAAAAUGGCUCCCGUCUCUGAAGAUGUUUCCGAGACCAAGAAUCUGUUGGACAAACUUGUUGUCUUAAAGCUUAAUGGAGGUCUUGGGACAACCAUGGGAUGCACUGGCCCUAAGUCGGUUAUCGAAGUUCGUGAUGGUUUGACAUUUCUAGAUCUGAUUGUUAUCCAGAUUGAGAAUCUCAACAACAAGUAUGGCUGCAAGGUCCCAUUGGUUCUCAUGAACUCGUUUAACACACAUGAUGACACACAAAAGAUUGUGGAGAAGUACACCAACUCUAAUGUUGACAUCCACACAUUUAACCAGAGCAAAUAUCCCCGUGUUGUCGCUGAUGAGUUUGUGCCAUGGCCCAGCAAGGGAAAGACCGACAAGGAUGGCUGGUAUCCUCCCGGUCAUGGUGAUGUAUUCCCAUCCCUCAUGAACAGUGGAAAGCUCGAUGCUUUCUUAUCCCAGGGUAAAGAAUAUGUGUUUGUUGCCAAUUCAGACAACUUGGGUGCCAUCGUUGACUUAAAAAUAUUGAAGCACUUGAUCCAGAACAAGAAUGAGUAUUGUAUGGAGGUUACACCCAAAACAUUAGCUGAUGUGAAGGGAGGAACUCUCAUCUCCUAUGAAGGCAAAGUUCAGCUUUUGGAGAUUGCUCAGGUUCCUGAUGAACAUGUCAAUGAGUUCAAAUCAAUUGAGAAGUUCAAGAUAUUCAACACAAACAACUUAUGGGUUAACUUGAAGGCCAUCAAAAAGCUCGUGGAAGCUGAUGCACUUAAAAUGGAGAUCAUUCCUAACCCAAAGGAAGUCGAUGGAGUGAAAGUUCUUCAACUGGAAACUGCAGCUGGUGCUGCAAUAAGGUUCUUUGACAAUGCUAUCGGUGUUAAUGUACCUCGCUCACGGUUCUUGCCAGUGAAGGCAACUUCAGACUUGCUGCUCGUCCAGUCUGAUCUCUACACCCUAGUUGAUGGCUUUGUCACCCGAAACAGUGCUAGAACUAACCCCUCAAACCCAUCAGUUGAAUUGGGACCCGAAUUCAAGAAGGUGGCUAAUUUCUUGAGCCGGUUCAAGUCCAUCCCUAGUAUUGUCGAGCUCGACAGCCUUAAGGUGUCUGGUGAUGUCUAUUUUGGCUCUUCCGUUGUUCUCAAGGGCAAGGUGACUGUAACCGCUAAAUCUGGGACAAAGGUGGAAAUCCCCAAUGGUGCUGUGAUCGAGAACAAGGACAUCAAUGGUCCGGAGGACCUCUGAAUAAGAAGAAUCCGAAGUCUUCUUCCCUUUCUCAUGGAAGCCACAUCUUGUUCUUCGGUAUCAAAAGAGUCAACCAGAUCGUUUGUGAAAGAAUAAUAAAUGCUUUUUGCAGUUUAGCAAAGUCUUUUCCACCAUGGACUUUCAUUACUUCUACUUUUUAAAUUCUCCCGAACAUAAUUACAAUCAAGUUUGAGUGUAUUCUGGUUCUUUCUACAAGUCAUUUUUGUUUUCUUUCUGA